UCAACCUCCUUGACCCUCCUUCAAGCACUCUGCAGAGAAACAUGGCCUCAACCAGAUCUCGCAUUACUCCAAAGGGCACUUUCAAGCCUAAAAUCCGACGAAUACCAUUGGCCCCAAAGAAUAUUCCGGCUACCAACAUCAGUAAUCUUGAUGGAAACUGUGAGACAGACUGCAAAUGGAUCACCAUUGCUGUUGCUGCAACCGCAGACAAGGAGAACAAGGAUGUUGGUCGCAUUACGGCAUCUGCUGGGAGAGAUCUCCAAUGGAGAAAACGUGAGGAUGCGUCACAAAUUGGUCCUGCAGGUCGUCGGUGCUCAGAUGAUAAAUGGAUAAUCAUUUCAUUGGCUGAAGACAAGGGAAGCGGAAAAUUUGUCUCCAAUGUCGAUCCAGGGAAGGUAGCAUUUCUGCCGAAAAAUGACAUGGAUGCAUCUCUAGCAGAGGAACUGGAGAUGAUUCGGCAGAAAAAUGAACGUCUUCGUGUUGAGAGAGCGAAAACGGAUGAUAUUUUUAAGGCGAAGGAUCAAGUGAUGAAGAGGAUGGAGGAACAGUUGGAACUGAGAUGGAAGGCACAAGAGAGGCUAGAAAUGGAGCUCGAGAGAUUGCUGAGUUUGAAGGAGCUGAACGAUUGUUUGUUAGGUUUCCAACCAGUAGUUCCACUUAGAGAGAAGCAUCGACCAAAACCAAAAACAGGAGACCCGUCGCAGGUAGGUAAAGCUGGAGAAUGCAGAAAAUCGUGUGGCGGUGGAAGCAACAGGAGACAGGAUAGAUCAAAUUCUGUAAUUUCUUUUUUCUUUUUUGCCUCUGCUUGAGGCUUUACAUGGCCUACCCCUUUCAUAUCACGGUUUCGCAUUUUUUAUACAAAGCAAUGCAAAUGUUUUCUGCAUAUUCUUCAGCACUUGAAGAAUAAAGAACUUUUUUUGUUUUCAUUUGUAUAAAACAUGAAUUUUCAUGUUCAUGCUAUACGUGACUUCCCUUUGUUUUUUCUGAAGU